AUGAGGAAGUAUAUACCAUAUGUAACAUGGUACAAGACUUCCGAUGGUCUUCAACUCACUUAUAGAAACGUCAAUCUUAUCAAUGACAGACGUUUUUCAGUUCAGGGUCCAGAAAUAAUAACGGGCAACGACAAGUUUCGCUAUGUGCGGUGGGACUUAUUAAUAGCCCUCGUGAAUCCUUCAGACGAAGGGAGUUACGAAUGUUGGGCUGCAAUAUCUUCGGAAAGAGUGGAAAAGUGGACUGUACAUCUACGAGUUAUUGAGGCCAAAGCCGAAAUACUUGGAGACCCCCAAAAGGUAUUUAAAGUUGGAUCAACUUUACGGUUAAGUUGUUACGUAGAAGACGAAUACGAGGAUCCAGAAUACAUUUUUUGGUACCACAGAGACAGAAUGAUCAAUUUCGACAUGACAAACGGCAUUAACAUAAGAAUUGGACGGCUGGGUAGUGAACUAGUUGCUCCACGAGCUGAGUUUUAUCAUUCCGGGAAUUAUUCUUGUGUACCUUCCAAUGCCCGACCGGCUAAUGUUACUGUAUACGUUUAUAAAGAUAAUUUGAUUCCUACACCUCCAGCUACUGACAAUGGAAACCGAAACUUCAGAAGUUUCUCUUCUGUUGCACUAUCCAUCCUUACCAUCAUUGUCUCACAAAUGGAUAUAACAGACUCUUCGAGUUAGUUAAGAUCAAUAUGAGUCAAAUAUAAUAUUUAAUACUACAUGAAACACUUUAAGAAAGAAGAGUUUCUUAAAGUGUUAAUAUACAAUAUGUUACCAUCAGUAGCUUCUAAAGAAGCAAACAAUUGUUUUGUUGACAGUCCUCAGUCUGUGGAAAUGCUGGAGUGAAGUUUAUUAUUCAUGUAGAUAAAUUUCCAAAAUUAUUAUUAUUAUUGUAUCAUUUACCUACUAGGCAAGUACGAUUAUUCAGAGUAAAAAGUAAUUGGUCCGCAAAUGUCUCACCACACGUGGCCCGACGAACUGUACUAUUAGGAAGAAGUUCGCAAA